AUGGUCGACCGUGCGAACCGUCCCUCAGCGCUGAACGCGCCUACCGCGUCUGCACCCGGCCCCCAGGUCGACAUCGUCGGAGAGGGUGGCAGCCAGAAGGUCGUCGCGAGACUGCCAUCUGGCGAGAGCGUCGAGGUACUGCUCUUUGGAGCCACUGUUACUAGCUGGAAGAGCAGCGGCGGAAAGACUGAGAACCUCUGGUUGAGCGACGCGGCCGAUCUCACUGGCAAGAAGCCUGUACGCGGUGGUAUCCCCGUCGUAUUCCCCGUCUUCGGUCCUCCCCCCAAAGAGGGACACGCCACUUCGUCGCUUCCACAACACGGUUUCGCGCGUGGAUCGCGCUGGGAGUACAUGGGCAAGUCGACUGCGGAGGAUGCUCUCGACUCCAACUCGGUCAAGCUCGACUUUGGCCUCGACCGCCAGUCGCUCAGCGAGGAGUCGCGCAAGGCAUGGCCACUGGACUUUGGCCUCGUAUACAGUGUCACACUGAGCAAGGACAGCCUACAAGCCGUUCUCACCGUCCGCAACGAGGGCGAAGAGAGCUUCGAGUUCCAGUUCCUGCUCCACACCUACUUCAGGAUUCAGGACGUGUCCAAGAUCGCCAUCACCGGCCUGUCUGGCACCGAGUACGUCGACAAGGUCCUCAACGCCUCUACCCACACCCAGAACGACAACCAGCUCAAGAUCACCGGCGAGACAGAUCGCGUCUACAAGGACAUCAAGCAGGACACCACAUCGAUUACCGAGGACGGCAAGCCUCGCUUUGACGUCAUCCGCGACAAUGUCAAGGACACUGUCACCUGGAACCCGUGGAUCGAGAAGGCCAAGGCCAUGGGCGACUUCUCACCCGACGACGGCUACAAGAACAUGGUCUGCGUCGAGAUCGGUGCCGUGGACGGCUGGCAGAGGCUGGAGAAGGGCGAGGUCUGGGAGGGUGGCAUGUUGGUCAAGAGCCAUUUGCGUCAUGGUUCUGCUGUUGUCGUCUAUGACCAGCGCUCAAAACAACUCUCCCUCCGCGAUGCCUCCCACGCGACUGAUAUCGGCUCUACGUCAUGUCCAUACUGUCACCGAUCCUACCGCGAACCAUCACCCCAUGACGAACACGACAGCGACGCGGAGGAACAUACUGCGCCUGGCAUACCCACCGAAAAUGGCUUCGUCAAUCCCGCAUACUUCCAAAUGCUGCGCCGGAGUCAGCCAGGGUCAACAGAGGGAUCGCGACCCUCAUCACCACAUAAACAACUCGCGCCUGCCCCUUUGCGCAUGGGCAGCUUCGAGCCGCCAGAAGGUUCUGAGUUUGUGGGAAGCACACCGAUCCAGCCCGCUAGAAGCCAGGGUAUAUCUGCCAGAGCCUUUAGUCCCAACUACUUCAAGGACUUCUUCAUAGAAGAGCGGGAGCUGGGCAGAGGAGGCAAGGGUGUGGUCUUGCUGGUGCAGCAUAUCCUGGACGGCGUGCACCUGGGCAAGUUCGCAUGCAAGCGCGUGCCAGUCGGCGACGAUCACGAAUGGCUGGAGAAGGUGCUGAUUGAAGUGCAACUACUUCAGACCCUGUCGCACGAGAAUUUGGUUUCAUACCGACAUGUAUGGCUGGAGGACUACCAGAUAUCCAGCUUUGGCCCAAGUGUACCGUGCGCGUUCAUACUGCAACAGUACUGCAAUGCUGGCGACCUCCACGACUAUAUUCUAGACUCUAUGAAGACAUCUGUAACCAAGGAGCAGAUGAAGGAGCGACUCAGGAGGAGGUCCAAGGGCCAGCUGGAAGAUCCAGAGGACGUGCAUGGACCGCGUCGCAUGCACUUUGAAGAGAUCAUAUCGUUCUUCAAGGACAUCACAUCCGGCUUGAGUCACCUUCAUGCCAACGGCUACAUACAUCGAGACCUGAAGCCUAGCAACUGCUUGCUCCAUCGUACUGGCCGCAAGAUCAAAGUUCUAGUCAGCGAUUUCGGCGAAGUGCAGUCCGCGAACACAGCGAGAAAUUCGACAGGAGCAACUGGAACCAUCUCAUACUGCGCCCCCGAAGUGCUUCGUCAAGAGCGACCUGGAGGUGCUUUUGGCAACUUCACAACCAAGUCUGACAUCUUUUCGCUCGGCAUGAUCGUCUACUUCAUGUGUUUUGCACGACUGCCAUACCGAAACGCGGACGGUAUCGAUGAGGACAACGAGGACCUAGAUCAGCUGAGGGCGGAGAUCUCGACUUGGGCUGGUAUCGACGACGAACAGCGGGUUCGCUCAGACUUGCCUGAAAAGCUAUACAGAUCGCUGAAGACGCUCCUUGCCAUCAACCCCGAUGAACGCCCAGGUGCAGAGGAAAUCCUGAAUGUCCUGAAAUCACCACUGGUAUUCGACGAGUACAACGCAUAUGCGGGUCCAUCGGGUCUAGAUGAGUUCAGUCCUCGCAUAUCGCGAGCCGACACGCCCAGCCCGUCACCUAACCAAGGUAACAAAAAGCGUACUUCGAUCAACUACACACGGCCAGGUCGAUCGCAUCUCAGCGCAACUGUCAUGGACCGAUCGCCUAGUCCGCCACGUCCGCAGCCGAUGAGGAGGCAGUCUUCUGAGGACGGGGCGGUGAUCUUGCGGAGAAAAUUGGAGUUUCCGCCGCCCCCUUCUGGAGGGAGAACGCCAUCGCCACAGCGUCUCAUGCUCCCUCCACCGCCACCUGCGAGUGCAUCAUCAAGACUGUACAGACUGUCAAGGAACCCCGCUGCCAUUAGCACUACCAAGACUUUGCUGUUCUGCGCAAAGGCUUAUAGUUUGCUGAAUAUCACCUCGCCGUCACCACCACCAAGCGACUCGAAUCCCACGCAGCGCUCGGGCUUCGGCACGAACACGUCUCAGUUCUUUGACGACCCGGACAUUCUCAUGUCCACACAGCACAACAUUGGCGAAGACACCAACACACUCCCAGCAUACCCCCACAUUCGGUCAACAGCCAAGAAGAUGAACACGUGGGCACCAUUCCGCUCGCAGCAGGUCCAGCCGGACACGUCCAUGGUAAACAAGGAGUUCGUCGACUUUGACCACAGCAUAUCCGACGAGGAAAGCAUGGCCGUCGAACAGGCACGAGGUAACCGCAGCAACCGCGGUACUCCCAGCAAGAUGAGCUCUCAGUUUAACAGCCUUUACGACAUCACACCCCCCACCAACCGGUCGCGCAAGUCAUACCAAGCAGAGACUGGUAGCCUUCGACGCGACGCGGCAAUCCGACGCGCCUCACGGAACGACCUUGAUACUGCAUCACCGCGUCCUGCAAGCAAGCGCAACUCCCCCGCCCUCUCUACGAAGGAAGAUCGCAAGCGUACUUCUCUCGCACAGCUGCACGCGAAGCUAUCGGAAGACGAGUCAUCGUUUAUGGAGCACCGACCACCAACACUGACCAUGGACUCGGCCAAGAACACGCGCUGGGGUAACAGGAGCCGACAGACCUCCCUUCAAACCGACGGCAAUGUCGACCCGCCACAAUCAAAAGCUACGUCUCGCUCCAGGCCGACCACAGCACAGAACGCGACUGCGCAGUCUUUUAUUCUGCCCGACAUCCCCAACCUUACCGAGCUUGUCUCUGGCGUCUUCGACGAUGGCACACCAGUCUUUUCCAAGACCGCACCCUCAAGAUCACGCUUCGCUGUUCCUCCAUACGGUGGUCGCCGCCCAUCGCAUAUUCCAAUUGAUGGCGCGCCCAUACCCGACGAAGAGAAGGCCAUCUUCGCUGCCCUCCAGCAGCUACAGGAGAAAAUCGCAGACAUGGAGCGUGAGCGUGAGGAGAAGGACAAGAAGAUGGACGAGCAGGAACUGGAGCUGAUUGAGCUUAGAGCGACUACACAAGCUCAAGAAAAGUUGCGACGAAGCGACAGCGCGCAGGACUCUGAUGCUGGCGGAAAGAGCGGCUGGAAGGUCGAGAAGACGCGUCUUGACGCAACAGUACAAACCCUCCGAACCAAGCUUGAUCGCGCCGACCGCAAAUUCGCCGUACUCGAAAUCGAGAAGAAACGCCUAAGCACCGAACGCGACAACAUGGCGAACCAGCUGGGCGUUGCAUACCAGACCUGCGAGGAACUGAAGACCGAGAAGAACGCUUUAAGUCACGAGAACGAGCAGCUCCGCCAGGAGAUUGAUAACCUUCGCGAACAACUCGAACAAGACCAGUCACACCACCGCGAGGAGACAACUCAGCUUCGUCAGCAGUUCGACCAAGCCGCAAACGCCACCCAGAGGGAGAACGCCAACCUACAUGCCGAGUUGGCUCGCGUACGCGCUCAACAGGACGAGAACACCCAGCAAUUGACUCGUAGGGAUAUGGAACUGCGAAAGGCGCGUCAAGAGCAUGCUGAGUAUGCCCGUUUGAAGUCCGACCACGAGUCGCUCAAGGCUCAAUUGGCAGAAUUCAAGGCAAAGCGCGAAGAGGAGGCUCAGCGCUGGUCUCGACAAGAAGCUUCGUUGCGAGCUCAGGUUGGCCGACGCGACGACACCAUCCGACACUUCGAGGAUAUGACACAAGAGCGUACAAACGAAGCUAUGCGUCUGGACAACGAGAACCUUCGAAACGAGCUUCGCGAGCUGCAAGCUCAGCAAGAUGAGGAGAAUGAGGAGUGGGCCAGGAAAGAGGCGGAGUUGCAGCGAAAGAUCCGUCAGCGUGAGAAUGCUCGAAGGGCUAGGGACAGCGAACAGCACCUUGACGAUACCACUGGCCCCGUUUCAAGAACUAGGGAUACGGACCACAUCUUUGAUGACACUCUGCACCGCAAGCCUAACUAUCGCCGCGAAGACACUCGUACGCGUAUCAGGAAUCGUGUCCAGCAGGAAGUCCGCAACAGCAAGGUCGCUGGAGUACCAAACCAAGAGAGCCCGCGGAAGUCGUUCACCGGACAUUCGCGAUUCUCAACCCGUAGUGUGUCGGCACCUGUUCCCGCUGACAAACACGCCCGCGCCGAGAGUGAUGUGGAGUCGACGACCGAUCUGUCUCUUGCGCCUCGCGCAACUCUUCGCAUCUCACGAAACCCCACUUUAACGAGGCAGACCACAACCGUUCAGCCUCCUGCCGACCUGAGUCUGACAGAGUUGAGCUUCUUCCCUCAGGAAGAGAUUGCUAGGCUUCGACGAUCUCUGGAAGAACAGCGAGCUGCUGAGCGCCAUGGUGCUUCAUCCGCUAGAACCGAAGAGCCAGUCCGCGAGGAUACCGUUCGAUCGCAGCGCCAAACUCGCGAGGACACUGUCAGGUCAGUCGCUUCUGCUAAGAGCGAACGACGACCCUCCCUUGUACGCAAAUCGUCACUCAAGGACACCACUCAGCGCACCACCAACACCCACUUCGAGGAAGACACUGGCAACCUGUCGAACUUGGACGCCGAUGCUGAAGCCACUCAAACAAAGCAGUCAGCCAUCGACGCGUCCAUGCUCAGCAACACCAGUCGCAGGCGCCGCAGCGCUCCCACCGAAAUGACAUCCGCCUUCAUCCUCCCCGACAUCAAGCUCAGCACCACCACCUCCCGCAAACCCAUCAACAAAGACCACGACAACGACAACUGCACCGUCUGCCGCCGCGAAGGCUACACCACAGCCACCGGCCCCCUGCGCGUCCCCAAACUCGUCUCUGUAUCCACGCGCACAGCCGACGAACCCGACGCAACCCUCCGUCCCGCACAGUCCCCGCGCGAAGCCCUCGCCCUCGUCGUCAAAGGCCUCAAAGACGAGCGCGUCCACCUCUGGGCCGAGCUCGCCGUCCAAGGCGCCCUCCUCGAGCAGCACGACCCCAGUCUGGGCAAGCGCCGCCGCGACGCCCUCAACGCCUCAAUCCAAGACCUGCACCGCCGUCUUGAAUGGCUAGACAUGCAGAUCUACCGCUUGCACGACGUGCUCGAAGGCCAAAAAGCAGAUGAGCUCACCGAAGCGGAGUUCGACGACCUUACACAAGAAGUCCUUGUCCAACAGUCUGAGCAAGAAGAGCAAGACGACGCAAACACGGUGAAAUCGGUAACUACUGGUGGAAAGAAGAAGGCGAAGAAGGUUACGAUUCGCAGCUUUGUUGAUGAGGAUGAGGAUGAGAGUGUGGAGUUGAGGCGGAGCACCGCGCAACAGGAUCACGGGGCGGAGGAGAGUGGGGAUGAGACGCAUGAACUUCCUUGGGAAGGGUUUGGGGAGGAGAGUAUGGAGGGGGAUGUUAGUUUUAAUGCGCUGGAGGGGUGGAGGGCUAGUGUGCAUUGA